GUUUUUCCAUUAUUUGUUGCUAUGGAAACUUGAAUAUAGGGAAUAGGGGUAAGUUGAACAGUAUAGUUAAGAUGUGCAGUAAGAUAGUGAGGUCUUUUAAAGAAAUUUUCUAGACAAGAAGCCCCCCCUUUUGCUAAAUAUGUACAAUGAAUCAUUAGAUCUCACUUGCCUUCCCCAAACUCUGCGAGAAGCUUCAAUAUCAUUCAUUCUGAAAAAGGGAAAAGAUCCCCAUAUGUGUAGUUCAUAUCGCUCAAUAUCUCUUUUAAAUGUUGAUGUAAAAAUUCUAGCCAAAAUUCUUGCUUGACGAUUAGAAACAGUUCUUCCUAGUAUUAUCUCCAGUGACCAAACAGAAAAAGCCUUUGACAGGGUGGAGUGGGACUACUUAUUCCACACUCUUCAGAUGUUUGGUUUUGGAGCGAGUUUUAUAUUUUGGGUCAAGCUAUUGUACAAAGCCCCACUUGCCUCUGUUCGUACCAACAAUAAUCUGCAUAUUUCCAGGUUAAUCGAGGCACAAGACAGGGUUGUCCUGUCACCUCUUUUGUUUGCAGUCGUAGUAGAGCCUUUGGCCAUUGCUCUGCACCAACAUUUAAAAAUAGCUGGUAUAACCAGAGGAGGACGAGAGCACAAAGUUUCUCUGUAUGCGGACGACUUGAUUUUAUAUAUUUCUGACGCGUCUAAAUCCUUACCUCAUGUCCUCAAAAUAUUUGAUGAGUUCGGAAGGCUCUCUGGCUAUAAAUUGAAUUUACAGAAGAGCGAAAUGUUUCCUAACAAUAAUGCUGCCCGGGAGCUCUCUACCUCUUCUUUCCCUUUCAAAGUUUCGUACUCAUUUACAUAUCUUGGAAUACGUGUACUUAGUACAUUUUCGAAACUUUUUACUGAGAAUUUCCUUUAUUUAUUGGAACGAGUUGAACAGGAUCUAAAGCGCUGGGCCCUGCUCCCAUUAUCAGUCGCAGGUCGAAUAAAUUCUAUCAAAAUGAAUGUGCUGCCUAAGUUUAGCUAUCUAUUUCAGUAUCCCAGUAUUUAUUCCCAACUCAUUUUUUCAUAAGCUGGAUAGCGCUCUCACCUCAUUUAUAUGGAAUGGAAAACCUGCUAGAAUGAGUAAAAGUCUUCUGCAACAUCCUAAAUCACUGGGUGGAAUGUCUUUGCCUAAUUUUCAGUGUUAUUACUGGGCCUCAAAUAUUCACCCUAUAAUGCACUGGCUAUAUGGAGAUCCUGGGGCUGACGCCCUAUCAUGGAUAGUGUGGAAUAAAAAUUCUACUGUACUCACUACUAAAAUCUGACUCCAGCUCCACACUGACCCAACAGCUCAGUCUAAGUGAGACUCAUAGUUAGUAAGGCCUCAAAACUAAAUAAGCCAAUCAAGCAGACUAGAUGAAUGCAGAUAAGAGAUUUUAUUUUGUAAUCAGCGCUGACACAAGAAUUGAGAUGCUCACGCAUGAACGUCCCAACAACCUCUUCCCGGGGAACUCCAACUACAGCCUUUAUAUACAUUUCCCUUAUCUUCCCAAUGCAACACGUCACUGGUUCUUUGCCUAGACAAUCCCACCCAUCUUUCUUUUUUAGACCUUUUAGACUCUUUUUUACACCAUUAUCUUUGAAUUUACAACUUUUCAAAUACCAUUAUAAUUAAACUUCCCUAAAUCAUUAUAUUAAAAAUUGGGCGUUUCCGCCCCCACCAGUGGGAUUGUCUUCGGCCUCACUCUCUCCAACACCUCAUUCUUCUUCAGGAGACAGCAUGGGUAAGUUCUCAGUCCUUCAGGGGCCAACACCCUUUCUUUUAUUACACUCUACACUUCACGGCUUUUCUGAUUUAUCCGCUGUCUUCUACGUAUGUACUCUAGAUAUUUCACCUGGUACCACCAUUGCCAUCCAGCACGCGCUGCGUUUACUUCAUGAUGAGAUCACUGCCGCUCAAGGUACCAGUGGAGCGAAGAUUGACCAUAAUAAUCUAGGGUACGUCUCUGCCAUUGAUUGGUCCAAGUUUGGAAAGCCUGGUACCGCAGAGAAAGCCUGCCAGACUGACAUCAUUGAUACAACUAUUUGUUCUUCAAAGCCCUUGCAGCCUGUGUGCAAGGCCCGUGACAGGCCAACAUGCCGUGUUAAACCUUAUAUUGUUCUUAAGCUCAAACGACCUAACGAAUAAACCUUACCUGAGAACUCACUCCUGCUGUCCCCUGAUUAUUUCACACUACAUCAAACACACACCUCAUACAUAUGUCCUCAUUUUACAAAAUUAUCUCCCACAAUAGCCAUAGAAUCUGCCUCAUGUUUGCUUUCUUCCCUAGUAGCUUUAAUCUACACUCCCCUUUCUUUUCCCUGCGACAAGUUUACUAAAAACCUGCUUGUAAGAUCUACACUUAAAAUCUGGAAACAGAUAAGACGUCAUUUCGGAUGGCUAACUAUGUCCCCCAAAUCUCCUAUUCAUUCUAAUCCUGUCCUCAGUCCUUCAGUGAUUGAUAAGUCUUUUGCAUCUUGGCAUGCUAAGGGCAUUAGGGAAAUUAAUGAUUUGUACGAUGAGGGUGCUUUUUGUUCAUUUCAGCAGAUGUGCGAGCAGUUUAAUUUUCCUAAGAACAAUUUUUUCCGCUACCUCCAAAUUCUAACUUUGUGUGUAAAAUGUUCCCUCAUUUCCCUGCUCUGCCUCCAUGUUCUCCAUUUGAUAAUUUACCAGAGGACCCUCCAAGAUGGAAAGGCAUCAUAUCGAUACUUUACUGUAAAAUUUUGGCGCCACUCUAUACAUCCCUCUCCCAAACAAAAGCUUUUUGGGAAGAUGACUUAGGAAUGGUUAUCCCUGAUGAGAACUGGGAAUCAGUCUUAUAUAGAAUACACAAGUCUUCAGUCUGUGCAAGACAUGGACUUCUGCAGUGCAAAGUUGUACAUCAAGUACACUGGACAAAGCUGAAAUUAUCUAAGCACUUUCAGCAUAUAGAUCCUGCUUGUGAUCGCUGUAGGUUUAUCCCAGCCUCUCAUGCACACAUGUUUUGUUCCUGUAUAAAGCUUAGAGGCUUCUGGUCCACUGUUUUUGAAACUGUCUCUGGUUUUUUAGGUAAAUCAAUCUCUCCUUGCCCAUUGAUAACCAUUUUUGGAAUAACUCCUGUAUCGUUUAAUCUUACAAAGAUAUAGUCUGACUGUAUAACUUUUAUCAUGCUUUUUAGCCAAAUGACUAAUAUUGCUGAAGUGGAAGGAUCAGAGGCCUCCAACUACAACACAAUGGAUUCGUGAUGUCCUCUUUUUCCUAAAGUUGGAGAAAAUCAAACAUUCUAUAAGAGGCUCAUCUCGCCAGUUUAAUAAAGCUUGGGGCCCUUUCAAGAAAUAUGUCAGGGAACAUGUUUCAUUGUCGGACAUAGACUGAAUCUUAGUUCUAGCAUUUUUUUUGGUGUUGUUUUUCUUCAUCAGUUAAACUCCAUUGUAUCAAACUGAUUGUGCAUUUUCAGUGUUUUCCCAAGCCACACCUGUCUUGCUUUUUUGUUUCCUUUUUGUUUUUAGUUUGUUUUUUUGUUUUUGUAAUUUUGUCUUAAAAUUCAUGAAUAAAGUAUGAAAAAAAAUUGACUUAUUAUAAAUGUGUGUUGUGUUGCUGCUGUAUGUCUGUAUGUGUACUGCUGUCUACAGAAAGAAUUGCCUUUAAAGGACAAUAAAAUAAAGUAAGUGGCAUGACCAGCAGAUCAGUUUUGCUGGGAUUGAGUUUCAGUUGAUGGGCCUCAUCAACGAUGAGAUGUCCACCAGACAAGGCAAGAUCCAAGCAGAAGCCGUGGUAUCUGAGGGAGGGAAGGAGAAGAUUCUUGAGUCCGUCAUAGGAACAUGAUCUACUGAUAUAAACUGAUUCCGCUGGGCCUGAGGAUUCCGCUGGCCCUGAGGACGAAUGAGCUAUAACUCUGAGGAAGCUUUUCAGAAGGUCAGAUGCUGACAGUGAAGACAAACGUUUAGGAGAGCUGUCUAAUAACAACAACAACAACAACAGGCUACAGCUACUUGUACAUAAUGAAGCUGAAUCUUCAACUCCUUUAUCUUAUUGGUAUUGUUCCAGUCACCAUGUCUAUCCUCUUGGCCCCAAUCCUGAUCAAGCAAUCCAUGACAUGGACAGAUGCACAGAAAUACUGCAGGAGUGCACACUUUGACUUGGCUCUGUGUAAAACUGCAAACGAUUUUGUGAUGCUACGAAGCAUUUUAGCAAAACAAAGCAUAACAGGGCUUUUCUGGCUUGGACUGUACAAUGACUUUGACACCUGGCGCUGGUCCCAGAAUGAUCUCCCGUUGAAGAAUAUAACACUAAGAAGGUGGGGCAGUGGAGAGCCUAAUAACUUGUAUGGGCAUGAGUCGUGUGCUGCAAUAGACCAAAAAGGGCUGUGGUGGGAUACGGUGUGCACAGGUCCAAAAACCUUCAUAUGCUAUGAUGCUACUGGUGUGAACAAGUUUGUUGGUGUCCCUACUCUGAUGACUUGGGUUGAUGCUCAGAGUUACUGUAGACAACAUUAUACAGACCUGGCCAGUGCCUUUGACCUCUCAGAUAACAACCUGCUACAGCAAGUGGCAACAACCCUGGGGUUUUCUUGGUUCGGUUUAUUCAGGGAUGAAUGGAAAUGGGUAGAUGGGACCCAAGUGGACAAACUCUUGUGGCAAUCCCCACUGCCUGAUAAUGCAGAUCCCCAGGAAAACUGUGGGCUAUUAAACAGUGGAAAAAUUGCUGAUAGAAAGUGCACCAACCUGUACUAUUUCUUCUGUGACACUGUGGUACAGAUGAAACACAUAGUGAAAGUGCAGCUGAAGGCUGAUGAGAGUCUGCUGGAUCCUGCUGUGAACUCGGCCAUUUUAGAGAAGAUCAAAGAGAAACUGGGUGCAAAUUUUACUGUGUCCUGGAGGCAUCAACCAAAUGGAAAGAUCUUCCAGAAAAAAAAAUCCAGCAUGACAGGUGCAUGUGAUCAGGUUUAAAAAAGUUCUUUUGUAGACUUUUAAAUUGUGAGGAACUAGAGAACUCCCAGUGGACGUCAUAUUUGCAUAUUCAUAUACAGUUCUACUCAAAAGUUUGCAUACCUGGCAAGACAAAAUUUUUUAAAUAAAACAUGAGUGAGAAGGCAAAACAAAUUUAUUUUAUUUCUUAUAGGACUCAAGUUCAUAUGUAAGGCCUAACAGAAUGGCACAAUCUUCAAACAAAACAAGACAAUAAAGAAAAUGAGGAAAUAAUGUUCAAAAGUUUUCAUACCUUUAGUUUUUAAUAUGGUGUAUUGCCCCCUUUGGCAUCAAUGAUGGCAUGCAGUCUCUUGUAAAAAAUGUGCAUGAGGUCCUUAAUUCUCUCAGGUGGUAGAGCUGCCCAUUCUUCUUGGCAAAAUGCCUCCAGUUUCUUUGGUUGUAAAAUUCUUUGGUUGUCUUGCACAAACUGCAUGUUUGAGAUCUCGCCAAAGACGCUCAAUGACAUUGAGGUCAGGAGACUGAUGGCCACUCCAGAACUUUCACCUUUUUUGCUGUUGCCAUUGGAGGGUCAAUUUGGCCUUGUGCUUUGGAUCAAUGUUGAAACAUCCCAAGAGAGUCCCAUGUGCAGCUUUCGUGCUGUAGAAUGCAAAUUAUCAGCAGUAUUCUCUGAUAACAUGCUGCAUUCAUCGUCCCUGUACCACUGGAGCUCACACAGCCCCAAAACAUAAGAGAUCCCCCAGCAUGCUUUACAGUGGGGAUGGUGUACUUUUCAUUGUAGGCCUUGUUGACUCCUCUCCAAACAUGGUGUUUAUGGUUGUGACUGUAAAGUUCAAUUUUGGUCUCAUCACUCCAAAUGACUCUGCUCCAGAAGCUGUGAGGGGUGUCUAGAUUCUGUCUGGCAUACUGAAAGCCGGCCUUUUUGCGGCAUGGGCGCAGUAACAGCUUUAUCCUAGCAACUCAACUAUGCAGAUCAUUUGUGUUCAAGUACCUCCUUAUUGUUCUCCUUGAAACAACAACACUUUUUUCCAGAGCAGCCUGUAUUUUUCUCCAAGUUGUUUGUGAACAAUUCUCCUGGCAGUACUGGUUGAAAUCUUUCUUGGUCUACCUGACUGUGUCUUAGUAUCAACAGAACCUCUUAUUUUCCACCUCUUUAUCAGAGUUUGAACAGUACUGACUGGUAUUUUCAAUUAUUGAGAUAUCUUUUUAUAUCCUUUUCCUGCUUUAUAAAGUUCAACUACUUCAUUACGCAGGUCCAUUGGCACUUCUUUUGUCUUCCCCAUGGUGAAAUAUCCAGCCAAGUCAGUGCAUCACCUCAUGAGCUGAGAAACUCUCAGACUAUUUACGUACAGACACUAAUUACAAUUACAGUGAAUUACAGGUGUGGAAACUUCCAUUUAAUAGUCAUUUAAUCCUCUGUGUGUCAACCUGUGUGUUUAUAAUGUGGCCAAACAUUCAAGGAUAUGUAAAAUUUUGAUCAGGGUUGAUUUCAGUUAUCAUUAGGUUUUUAAAAGGAGUCAAACUGUGAUAAUUACUGACUUCACAUGACCACUAUCCUUAAAUAAGAAAAAAUAUUUUGCAUUAUGAGUCAUAUUUUCUGAAAUAAAUGGCAAUGUUUAACAAAUUCUUUCAGGGUAUGCAAAAGUUUGAGCCGAAC